AUGCAUGACAUAUCUUCUAUCUUUGAACAUUCAAGCGUAUUUGCACGGAACCCAGCACAGGGCUCGGAAGUCAUUGCUAACAAUCAGCAACUCUGGGCUGUUAGCCGCUCUCGUCGGGAUAUCCGAUCAUCUAAGAGAAAGAUUUACACAGGCCGCGAAUGUUAG